AUGACAGGAAGGGAGCUGGUGAACAUUACAUCUUUACUAACCUCAAUACCGGCUGUAGGCUGUCAAUCUAACUGUAACGAACCCGACAAACCGUCCCCUGGCGCUAAGGGCGAUGUACGGAAUAAGGUCAUCGGCUACUAUGAGUCGUGGAGGGAUGGUGGUUCAAAAUGUGAUACGAUGAGCCCCGAGGAAAUCCCGAUCGAACAACUAGACCAGUCAACACUUGCCUUCGUUUAUAUCGACCCGAAGGACUACCAUAUCAUUGCCAUGGAUGAGGGGCCUACAGCAUCUGAUCUAUUCGCUCGUGUGGCCAACCUCAAGACCCGCAAUCCAAAUGCAAAGAUAUGGGUCAGCAUUGGUGGAUGGGCCUUCAAUGACGACGGACCGUAUCGAUCCGUGUUUACCAAGGUCGCUGGCGACUCAAAGGCAACCCAGAUACUUGCACACAACUUGAUGGGAUUCAUGGACAAAUAUGGCUUUGACGGUGUCGAUAUUGACUGGGAAUACCCCGGCGCAGAUGACCGUGGUGGCCGUGAAGAAGACAUUGCUAACUAUCCCAAGAUGAUGAGCAUCUUGAAGCGGUAUCUUCAAGGUGGUAACAUCUACUCGAAGAAAUGGGGACUGUCACUUACUGUGCCUACAUCCUACUGGUACUUACGCUGGUUUGAUAUCAAGCUUCUGGAGAAAGUGGUGGACGAGUUCAACCUGAUGGCUUAUGAUCUCCACGGCAGAUGGGAUCGUGAAGAUCCAAUUGGCCCAUAUGUCUACGCUCACACCAACCUGACAGAAAUAGACCAGGCGCUUGACUUAUUCUGGCGGAAUGACAUCGAUUCGAGCAAGAUAAACCUCGACCUCGCAGUAAGAGAAUACCCGUCGCUUAUUGACAUACCGCUUCCAUUACAUUGUUCAAGCUGUCCGAAGGGACCAUGUACCACCACGGCAGGUAUCCUCUCAUAUUCGGAGAUCCAGAGGAUACUUUCCGAGGGUAAUAUAUAUCCUACGUAUGACGAGGAGGCCGGUGUAUACUAUGCGAAUUAUGGGAAUGGCGGUGCCAAUUGGGUUUCCUUUGACGACACUAUCUCUUUUAAUGCUAAGAUUGAACUCGCGAAUAAGUAUGGACUCGGUAGCGUUCUAAUUUGGGCUGUGGACCAGGACGACCAGUAUUAUCAUGCUAUGCGUGGAGUUACAGGCAAAGAUAUAGAAGCUAUUCCGAUGGACAGGGGCGGAUUUGGUGCUUUUACUGUUGACCAGUGUUAUAUCACCGACUGCGGCAAAAGCUGCAACCCCGGCGAUAUCACAAUGACAAAGCUCAAUGAUGAGAGUGGCCGCGGAUGCGGAGGCAAGAAUCAUAACGCUCGAUCAUACUGUUGCCCCGCGGGAAAUGCGCCGGACUCAUCCACCUGGGAAGUGAGCAUGGUCUUUGAUGAUUAUGGUGACAGUAAAAGCGAUGCACGAACGGAGGGAAGAAAGUCUGACUGUAUCCUGGCAGAUUAUGAGAAAAGUUGCCCUAGUGACAAGCCUCAGGAGAUGACUUCCCCAAGCCUGUACGUCAAGCAUGAGUGUAUUUUCCAGCGUGAAGGAAGGAAGUUGACAAGCCCCUUUAUGAAUAGGAAUAUGACAUUGAUCAGUGUGGGUGGCACGGGGAAAGACGCUAUUGCAAUGACAAUGCAUGCCCCUCGGGCCAGGUUGAGCUCUUGCGAUGGCAUGGAUGGCAUGAGGGCCUUCCUGAAUGGUAUACUGGUUGCAACAAAGCCCGUAAACAGGCAUUUUGCUGCCCACUACCUCUCAGCAAUGGAUCUGCCUUCCUCCCAUUAUACCACCACCUUUUCAGAGGUCUUCGAUGGUUCUCAAGAUGAAACAUCCUCUAAGGUCUCUGGGACUGACCCAAAUAAGAAGGCCUUUACAUGGAUGGCCAUGGUUGGAGAGGCUGAGGAUGUCCAGAGCUUCGAUAAGCGAGACGGCUCCCAUCUGGAGCUCUUCGACUGUCCAGAUACACAUGAAGAGGACUUCGGGGUCCAGCAAGCUAAGGCUGUUUGUGUCGGCGGUACGGAUGAAGAGAAUAACUGUGAAGAUAUAUUUCACGGCGGGGUGGAAGGAACUGUUGUUCGUUUGCCUGCCCACUGUGGCCCUGAUGCUUAUGUUCGCGCCGUCCGCUUCCAACGGUCUAGUAACUUCACGUUGCCUGGCCACCUGCGCAAACGCCACCCUACAGCGUACAAGGUCUAUGAUUUUCACUACGAUUAUGAUUUUCACAACCUGCGCCGCGAUGGUGGGGAGGUUUACUUCCACGCCGAUCUCUCGAAUCACCCCAGUUUUUGGGACGAAAUUGUGAAGGCGGACCACAACUCCCCAGUGAAGAGGUCGGCCAAGAACUGGCGACAGUUGGACCGACGUUACUGGUCAGAAUCGAGGGAAGACUGGCUCAAGAGGUUUAACGCACUUCUCGUGAAAGGCCAUACAGGGCUAGAGAAGCAUUAUGAAUUUAAUCAAUGCUUGGUUGAAAGCAGGGCCGUCUGUGGAAACGGCUCAGCUGAAGUGAAAGCCAGCGUGUAUGGAGAAUUUAACACAACCAUGGACUUUGGUAUGUCUCUAAUUGGCAGAUUGAGAAACUUUGGGUUCUCAGAGGCAUACUCCUACUUCAACCAGGAAGCUUUCUCCAUGCGGAUGGGGGCUGCUUUCACGGCAAGGGCGCGAAUGUAUUUCGACAGUGGGUGGAAAUCUAUUGGAUCGUUUGACCAACGCAUAUGUGUCAGCCGUGGCGACAACAGAGAUGACUGUCUCUCAUAA